GAGACCAAACUGGAAAAAACGAGCAAGCCAAAAAGAAAGUUUUGAGUUAUUAUCAGUCUAUUGCUCCCACCAACGACCUUGACCGAACCAUGGAUUUGUUAACCAUUUAUUACACCUACCGGAGGGUCAAAAAUGCUACGCCCACUUUUGCCUCAGAAGUAAUUUCAGAUUACAAUCAAAAAUGGGAAAAAUUUUUUAGCCAGUAUCGCGAGGAGCCGUUUCCAGUAUUUCCACCCACCA